UAACAAAGUCAUUAUGACCGAUGUGGAAUUUGCUGAUAAUUUCUUAUUUGCUGGCAUGAAGGAUGGAGAAAGCCUACAGCUCUUUGAACAGAGUUCUCGCUCUGCCUAUAAACAAGAGACACAUACCAUGGAGGCCAUGAAGCUCAUUGAGUUUGACCUUAAGCAAACACUUACCAAACUUGUGACACAUAUUUUUGGAGAUGGACUGGACAUUAGAUGGGUAGACUGCUACUUUCCUUUUACUCAUCCUUCCUUUGAGAUGGAGAUCAACUUCCAUGGAGAAUGGCUAGAAGUGCUUGGCUGCGGGGUGAUGGAACAGCAACUGGUAAAUUCAGCUGGUGCUCAAGAUCGGAUCGGUUGGGCCUUUGGCCUAGGAUUGGAAAGACUGGCCAUGAUCCUCUAUGACAUCCCUGACAUCCGCCUCUUCUGGAGUGAGGAUGAGCGUUUCCUGAAGCAGUUCCGCGUGUCAGAUAUCAACCAGAACGUGAAAUUUCAG